AUCACGUGCUGGUUUCCGUCUACACGCAUUUCUGGAGGACAGAGUCACGGAGUGGUCACCCACCGCCAGCAAGAAGAGAGGACGUGUGUCUAGAUAUAACCAGCACAAUUUGAAGCACGUGGCUGACAGACAGUGAAAUGUCUCAACGAGUACAGCAGGACUGGCAGGACCGCCAGUCUGCAUAGUUUCGGAAUUGCGGCCAUUGCGGCUACGAGUGAAGCGUGCGGCUCGCAGGACCAACGAAGUGACCCCAUCUCUACGCGGGAACCCUGGCACCAUUUCCACACCAGGCAUGCCAUGGAGUCUAACCAAGGGGGUGCAAGGUGUGGUCGAGGCAGAAGGCCGCCACGCAGAGGAGGCUUUGGCCAUGGCAGAGGAGGACACACUCAAGUCGGAUCUUACAGUGGCCGUUCAAGAGGGACGGCCUCCAACCCGACACGUCGUGACAACCGUGGAUCCCGUGAAUCACGGGGGUCUGGCAGACCGGUGCAACAAGAUUCUAGGCAAGGUGCUUCCUCUGCAGGAGUUCUGAAUGCUGCUAGUCUUCCCACCGGACAUCGUGUCGGCGAACGUCCAUUGCUUACAGGUGUCCAAGGUGCCGAGGGGGAACGGGGCAUUGUAAGGCGAACUGAAGUUAAUCCUUCCGACGUCGUGCCGCGUCCAGAGCCUUUUGCCUUUCCUUCGUUCGAAGAAAUCACAAAAGGUCCGAAUGGGAACACCACGGCUUCCAGUAACAUCUUUGAGUUUGCUAAGUGUGCCCUGGUCAAGCACACACAUGAGCGCUUACAGAAGGCGGUUAGGGAGAAAGUGGUUGCAACCCUUGGACACUUGAGGGUCGUACCUCAGAAGGGUCUUGGACGAACUAUCUCUGUAACCAUCUCCGAUUGUCUCCGUCAAGGGGCAGUUGGGACUACUAUUGCGUUACUGGACAUGAAGCUUCAGAGCAUAUUUUAUGGAGAGAUUGUUCAAGUGGAAACGGAGCAAGUCGUCCUCUUUCACAAUUGCGAGGAAGUAUUAGAUGUUCAACCUACUUACGCUUUCACGAUGGUGGACACACAGCUGAAUGCUAGCUUUUGCGUGGAGCUUUCGUCUAUCUUGGCUCGGAGAAAGGAAUCUUCGUUGUUACGCAAACUUUGGCUUGGCGCAAGCGAACGCGAUGGCGGGACAAGACUGGUGCAAUGUCCAAAAUCGCCUGAUGUACUCGAUCGAAGUCAGAUUGAAGCUUUCUGUGCUGGCGUGUCUGAAGAAGUAACUCUUAUCCACGCCCCUUCGGGUUGCGGGGCCAAGAGGCUCUUAAAGGCUAUGGUCGAUUACCUGUGUCUGAAUCAACAAUCCCUAAGUAGGCAUCCUGUGCUGCUCAUUGUUCAGAACCCUCUACAGUUGCAAGUGAAGCUAAGGUGGACAUCUGACGAUGUCUUCAACAUGAACUCUGAGCAAUCUCAUGAGGCAACAAAGACUGCGCAACAAUCCUUGCCAGCUCUCUCCACAUUAAGGGACAUAAAAACCACCCUUGACAAAUUACAUGAUUUGCUACUGCAGAUGUAUGAUGCUGAGACCCGUAUCUUACACCAGUCUUCGUUUGAAGGCAUCACACGGGCAUUCUCUCUGAAAAGAAGCGAAGAAAAAAACCUUCUUGAGGCAUGGGUCUUGGAUAACGUAAAAUACACCGCAAUGAAAAGCAGUGUAUCCAGAACCGAGUUUCAAAGGUUUCGGGAGCACUGCAAGCGACACCCUGUAAAAAAGGUGGAUGCUAUUGAGCCCUCGAAUGAAGACAUUAGCUUUACUUUCAACAGGACCUCACAAGCACGGUCCGGACCAUGUCAACAGACGUAUGUCCCCUCUGACGAAAAUGCUUUGAAAGCAGUCUACGUCUGGAAAACAUUGACCAGCACCAUUCCCAACGCAGACCUCAUGUGUGUUAGAGAUGUUCGCCAACUCGAAGUGAGCGACCGUUGGAGGCUGUACAAGCACUGGGUUGUUCUUUUUCUCGAAAUGAAGCAAAGAGAACUCAGAGCAACGCUCCAACGCCUCGCGGCUUUCACUAACCAGUAUAGGCAAGUUUGGACGGAAGCCAGAGCAUGCUUGAAGCCAAGUCAGCCAGUGAUUCUGGCUUCACCAGUCAUUGCAGUUACUCAUCGCUCUCUUCUUGAAGUACUAAGACCGCGCGUGACGAUGAUCUGCGGUGUCACCGAAAUCGAAGACUUCUAUGUGCCUGCUCUACUUCCAGGGUAUGCCGAGAGGGUGGUGUUCAUGGCCGACAGCCUGAACCCUCGUCAAGCUUCGUCUUGCUGGAAGGACUUGCUCGACUCGAAACAUUUUAAAGUGUACGACCUGGUCUUCCAGUACUUCCAGUCUCAAGAGGUGUGCGACCUUCUUUCGCCAUUUUUGAAAUCCAGUCUGGUCUCCAGAAAACCACCGCAGCGGGUGAAUGGAAUCGGAGAGACAGUACAGUUCUUCAACAUUCCCGACAUCAUCGAGGCCGCUUUCAUGAUCUCUCGGGUAUGCGUACACCUUCAAGCGCAUAAUUACGAGUCCAGCGAUGUAGCAGUGCUGGUGCUGUCGCCGCGGCAAGGUGCCAUGAAAGCUUUGAAAGCGGCACUCCUGCAACAGGGAUGCAGGUACAGCGUCUGCACUGCCAAAGCCUUCUAUCCGAAGCGCUGCAAGAUUGCAUUAGUCUAUCUGGGCCCCGGUUCGCUUGGUACCCAGUUUGCAGCUGCUCUAAGUAGGGUUAGUUUUGCUGUGUACGGCUACGGAGACUUCUCCAAGAUUGACGAGAGCUGCCAGAACGUCCUCAACACGGCAAAGGCAAGAACCGGGCAUCUUUUUUGCGGACGCUUGAGCCUAACGUGCGUCUGCCACCCUGGAAGAGUGAUCUCAGUCGCGUCACGUCAGGAUUUCGAGGCGAAGCUGCAUGGCGAUGGUUUCUGCAUAGAUACUUCCAGCGGCAUUCUGAGGUGCGGACACGCGUGCGAGUUUGUGGAUCAGGAAGUGCGCCAGGUUGUUGCUCCGUGUAAGCAACCGUGCGGAAAAACGAUUUGUAAGCGCAACCACGAGUGCCCAAACAAGUGUUCGGAGCCAUGCAGCCGUCUUUGCACUCAACUUAUUACCGAGAAAUUACCAAUGUGUGGUCAUGAUGCCACCCUGCCGUGCCACCAGCUCGACACUGUUUUAAACGCACAAAAUCGUCUGCUAGACUCCAGCAGCAGCAGCUCGACAAGAAACCAACCCUUUAUGGCAUACGUGUGCCGUGCAGAAAUGACAAAAAAGCGUCCUUGUGGUCACUUGGUUAGGACAAGGUGCUGCGAUUUGUUUUUUCAUUGCUGUAAGGAGCUGCGUCAAAAGACACUUCCCACCUGCGGUCACGCGGCAACGCUCCCAUGCUACAUCUGGCAUGACCCAGGGAAGUUGACCGUACAUAAGUGCGGUGAAACGGUCACAGUAAGAGGGUCAUGUGGACAUGAUGCUUUUGUUCCGUGUCACAAUGUCAACUACCGGAUGGAAGGGCAUCGUCGUUUACCAGCGGGACACAAAUGCACCCGCGAGGUAAUGAAGAAUGCUCCUUGCGGCCAUCUGGUUAAGGCAAAGUGCUUCGAAUCACUGUCCGACCCGUGCCAAGAAUGUGGAAGAGCUUGCUGGGCACUUUGCUUGCAACGCGGCUUACAGACUGCCGGUUGCAGCGGGAUGGAUGCAAGAUGCUCUCAAAAUGUUGUACCGCUUCCCAGCCGUGAGACAGCCGCGAAGAUGCUCCCUUGUGGUCAUCCGGUCUCCGCUGAGGGCACCACACUUGGAAGAGUCGCGGAGCUCGACUGCCAAGUGAUGGUACCAGUCACACGCCAGUGUGGACACGUACUUCGUUUGGCUUGUUCCGUCAGUCGCCGUACAGUGAAAUUUCCGCCGUGCCCUGAGAUGGUUGAAAGACCGCAGCCGUGUGGCCACAAGGCUUAUCGGCGUUGCGGUGACUCUACGUGGCUUGACGCUACACUGACUCGUUGCCAGCAUGUUGUAAACAAGACCCUUGUCUGCGGUCAUGUUUCUAGUGGCCCAUGUUGGCGCAUAAGUCGUGAAUCGCGUGCGUGCGAAGCUUUGGUCCAGAAAGAGUUUCCUUGUGGCCACUCUGUUACGAAGCGUUGCUCCGACAGUAGCCCUUGUUCUUUACCGUGCACAGCCCGCCUUUCCUGCGGGCACACAUGCGGUCAAAUAUGUAGGCACGCAAGGCACGUGUGUCGUAUAUGUAAGGACAAAUGUUGCCUCUCGUGAUCACAGAAUGUUGGACUGUGUUAUUUGCAUUGGGCCGUUGGAUGCUGCAUGGCUUAUCUAAGAAAAACUGUUUUUCUGUGAUUAUUUAGGAGAAAUGUUUGCUUGUUUGCCUUUGACUUUGAAUGAAUGAAUAAACUUUAUUGCAGGUA